GGUUCGCACCGACUCGUGCCGUCCGGGCCUGACAACCACGCCGGGUAUGUCUGGAUCGCCAGCAUCCUGUGCUUGAUCUAUAGCGGUCUGGCUACCAUCAUCAGAACCGUGGUGAAAUGGCACGUGUUCGGCCUAGAUGACCACCUUCUAUUCUUUGCCAUGGCCUUCCUCGCGUCGGAAAUACUCGCCGUUAUUGUUCUGUGUCUGGCCAAGUGCUCAACGGCAGCCUUGAUACUUCGAAUCUUCACAGCGGACGGGGAGCGUGGGAAACGCUGGGUCACCUGUUGGCUGGUCGUGGGAGCAAGCACCGCCUGGGGCAUCGGCUCCGUCCUGGCUCUGGCCAUCAGUUGUGAUGCCAGCGCAGUGCUGACGACGGAGAAUCUCUCCCAAUGUCCAAACCAGAUACAUCGCUGGCAAGCCAUCACCGCCCUCGAUAUUACCAUAGACAUCAUCACAUGCGCCCUGCCGGCCAUCUUCACCUGGCCUAUGAACAUGCCGUCCCGGCUGAAGUUCAAGGUGACGGCGGCAUUCAUCUUCCGCGCGCUCUUCGUCGUGCUCUCGGGAAUGCACCUCCACUACCUUCAGACAUACGCCGGCGCCGCAGAGCCGCAGUUGGCCGUCACCGACGGUGCGGUGCUACAGCAGGCCAUGAUCGCCUGCACCAUCAUCUCGGCCACCGUGCCGAACCUGAAGGGCUUCAUGAAGGCGUUCCACACGGGGAUGGGCAACCUGGGGUUCGAGAGGCCCAGCCGAGGCGGGACCAAGAGCUCGAGCUAUGCUCUGCAGACGAUCGGGGGCUCGCUCAUGAAGGGGGUGCGGGGUGCGGUCAGGCUGCCCUCGGACCGGAGCCGCGACCGCGACGAGAUGAGCGAUGGGCUUGGUGGCGAAGAAGAGGAGGCAGGUCCUCCUCGAUUCCGUCCAGAUAUGUGCAGGCACGAGACGAGCGUGGUGCACUCGAACAACAGGAGCGGGACGACGGAAGAGGAGGAAGAGGAGGAAGGGAGAAGCCUGAGGAGAAGCGGGAGCCGGGAGCUCAUCAUCAGAAAGCAGGUAGACUGGAAAGUAUCCCAUGAG